AAGGCGAUACGCGAUAUGAUUGGUUGCGUACCUGAGAGCAAGUGCGUAGUGAAUAGCCAUACCCAUACCUACAUACCAACAGUUCAAUGCCACGCCUACACCUCCCACUACCAGCACUACGUACUCGAUGCUCUGCCCCCACCACGUGACCAUUCCGCACCACCCUCCCCAGUCACGCACCAUCUCCCGACCGCCGUCUACGAAUCACCGCAGCCGGGGCAUUCGAGCAUCACACCACUCUUGGGCUUCGGCGAUGCUAUUCGCCGGGCCCGUGUAGCGCGAGGGGUAUGUCUCUUGAGAUCUCGCGAUCUUUGUCAUGCCCCGCCUUUGAGCGAAGGGUCUCGCGAACGGCAGAACACGGUCAUGCGAGCUGCGGUCAUAGCUCCCCACUCCUCAUAAAGCGGCUUGCAGCUGCCCCCCCCAAGCACUCCGCAAAGCCCAUUGCUACAGCUCUGAAUACCGAUCAAGCAUCUGCGACAACACUCGAAAGCUUACCAGAAGCAACAAAUCCUGCGAUACCAACCAACAUGACGAGUAAAGGAGACUGGGACUUCCAGCUGUCGAGCUCAAAAAUCGAGCCUCUUGAGUCGCCGACAAAGCACCACUUCCCUCGUGACCGCCGCGGCUCCAUUGGCGAGGACUUCGAUGUCGAACACACGCACAUUGCGCCGCUCGACAGCCCGAUCAAAGGCAAGUCCACGCAUCCCAUCUCUACUCUUUCGCAUACGCUGGCUGUGGCUGACCGGCAUGACAGAGCACCCUCACCCCGACUUCCCGAACCCCGACUUCCCCAUCCACGAGGACCCUCAUCAUGCGCAGAAAGAGAUGAGCAAGAAAAAGCCGUCAAAAGAGCAAUUAAAGGAGGAGUCAAAGUGAAAGGGAAACGAGGGUGAAGGGAGAGGGAAUGAUGCUAUGAACUGACAAAUUGAUACCUGGGUCACCAGACGUUCUGGGCGGAACGUGGUGUGGGGUUAUGGAGUU